CCCGGGAGUUCAGCAUCUGAUGUGGCAUGACGCACCUGCCCUACCCUUCUGUGGACUGCCAGGAUCUGCAACUGCCGUACAUGUAGAGGAGUCGCUUUUAAGAGUUGUGCAAGUGGACUUUUGCUUUUGCUUCUCUGAGUGUUGAGAGCCACUGGGGAGCACUGGAUCUGGCAUGGAUUUGGGAGUUUUAUGUGACGUUUCAGUUUGAGACAAGGGAGAAUAAAGAGGAAAGGAGGAGGAGGAAGGAACCUAGGGGAAGCGUUGGGGACACCAAGGAGUAAAGGGAGGAGGGCAGGGAGAUGGGAAACAUCAACAAAGCUUCUAAAAAGAGCAGGAAAGGGACAAAGGGGACGUCACCCACAGAGAGAAGCGGUGCCCCACUGGCUGGCGCCAUGUUGGGGUCCCUGGGUGGUGCAGGGGAGGUGGACACAGAUGAGGAGGAGGAAGGAGGGAGUGAGCGAGUGUUCGAAGAGCCCUUCUGCGCUCUGGUACAGAACUGCAACGUGCUGCACAACAUAGUGGGGCCUGCUUGUAUCUUCCUCAGGCAAGGCUUCGCACAAAGCCAACUUGACAGAGAUCUACGACCAGAAGAAAUGGAAGAGCUGCGCGAGGCCUUCAGGGAGUUUGACAAAGACAAAGACGGCUUCAUCACUUGUAAGGACCUGGGCGAGUGCAUGAGGACUAUGGGAUACAUGCCAACAGAGAUGGAACUCAUAGAGCUCAGCCAGCAGAUCUGUGGUGGCAGAGUGGAUUUUGAGGACUUUGUGGAAUUGAUGGGUCCCAAAAUGCUUGCUGAGACUGCCGACAUGAUUGGAGUCAAGGAGUUAAGGGAUGCCUUCAGAGAGUUUGAUUCUGACGGCGAUGGUCAGAUUAGUCUCGGCGAGCUGAGGGAAGCCAUGAAGAAGCUGAUGGGACAGCAGCUCAACCAACGAGAGAUAGACGAGAUCCUGCGAGACGUGGACCUCAACGGAGACGGACAGGUGGACUUCGAAGAGUUUGUGCGGAUGAUGUCUCGCUGACUCUUCCUCACGCCUCAAUCUCCUGCAUUAACUCCAACAUGGACCUGACUCUGCACUUUUAACUGUCUUCUGAUGUGCAGAAACUACUUGGUGUCUGUAAUUUUUCAGUUACUUCCAUUACCUCUCAACUAAAGAAUCCUUUUAAUGUUUUACUGUUGUAUAAAUGUCAUGUGGGGAUGGGGGACUGUAGAAUAAUGUCUUCAAUGUUAUGGGCUCUUUAAAAGGUUUCAUAUCUGUAAAUAUGUAGAAGAAUGUUUAAAAGACUGAUUAAAUUGAAUCAAACCUAAUACCAGGAAAUCAUGUUUUAUUUUAUUUUUACAUUUGUGAUAAUCAAUACUGUAAAUCUUUAGACUACAUUUUAGGUUAACUCUGAAGCUUUAUGUAACGGAAAUAUCCAAAUAUUUAACUUUAAAAUGUUCAACUUGAAUGUACAUGUUGAAUGUGUCACAUACUGUACAGUAGCAGGAAAGG